AUGAGUUUAUCGGAAAAGUGGACUUUCUUACUGUUCUAUGCUGUGAUCAUUCCAUCGUUAGUGGAGGGAUGCUGUAACGUGUGCUUCAUGUGCCCUAGCUGCUGCGAAGAAGAAGAAGAGCUCAAGGAGGUCGCUUUGCCGACUGCCACGGUUUACCCUCCCGGAAUAGAUUACUGCGAAUUCGAAAACAGCGUAGAAGAGCCAGUCAAACAUAUACCCAAAAGAACGGUUCCACCAGUUAAAAAGGACGAAGAAUAUUGUGAGGAAGAGAAUCCCAAACAAGUGCAGACAUCCCCCACUGAAGGCAAACAUCAUUCGAAUAAGGCAAACGAUCACACUGGACAUAGGGGCAAAAGAAUGAAACGCAAGAAGAUAAGAACCCCAACGGGUGCUGGAGCGAAGGUUGAUUACUUCGAGUAUGGCGAUACCAGCGGAAAUUCGAUCGCCCCGGAUUCGAAGAAUUUAGUCAAGGACGGCGACGACGAUGGCGAUGACGGUGACAAUGACGGUCCCGGUGACGAUGACGAUGAUGAUGACGCAUCAUCGAUGAUGAGAAGCCCGUUAGCAGCGUUCAAUGUGAGGGGUCGAAGAGCAAAGAAGAUGAAGAAGUUAGAAGAAGUUGAGGAAGCAUCCGAAGAAAUUUGA